AUGUCUUCGGGUCUGGCCAAGCCCAUUCCAGCCUUUGAUGACUUGCCCCUACGUCAGGGAGACCCUCACCACUCUGCUUGGGGUCUCUGGGAAAAUCCCGCGUUGGGCGCGUUGAACCAUCUCAGAGAUGAGGUGGUGUUGAGGAUCGUGCAGGAGGAAGUGCGCACUGGCGAGCGGGUGACCUUAAAUCUCCCACUCGAUGCAGUGAAACCAGCAUUGCUCGGCCGCAUCGAUUUCGAGCAGAGGAUCAUCAACAAAGCUCCCCGAAUUAUCAACGAUGACGUGAUUACUUUCAACACCCAAACAAGUUCCCAGUUCGACUCGUUCAGGCAUUUUGCGUAUCAAACAGAAGGCAAGUUCUACAACGGAGUCACCCAGAAUGACAUCCACGGACCGCCCGGAAGUGCCGUAAAUGGCAUCGACGGCUGGGCUGAGAAGGCGGUUGCUGGUCGAGGCAUUCUGAUUGAUUUUCCCUUGUGGUCGGAUGAGCAAGGUAUUCGGCACGACACAAUGACCUCACGUGCCAGCUCUGUCGACCACAUCAAGGCGAUAAUGGCCGCGAGGCAUAUCCAGCCACGGCAAGGCGAUAUUCUCUUCCUUCGCACCGGCUAUGUCUUGGCGUAUACGAAGCUCGAUGCCGCGGCGAAAGCCGGCCUGAAGGCCGCCAGUCACAGCUGGCCGGGUCUCCAGCAGGGCGAGGCCAUGACGCGCUGGCUCUGGGAACAGCAAUUUGCGGACGGGAGCUCCUCUGACCAUCUCAUAGCGCCGGUGGACGAAGCAUGGCUCCUUCAUCCUAUCUUGCUCGCAGGCUGGGGAACGCCUAUCGGGGAGCUGUUUGAUCUCGAGGCCCUGGCCGAGACAUGUAAAAGAAGGAGUCGCUGGUCCUUUUUUGUCACCAGCGUUCCUCUAGUCUACAGUGGAAGACGAUCGAAGUCAUACCGAGGAGCACAUUGGUUUUUCAUUGUAGUAUGA